UGUAUCUCAAAAAGUACACUUAGCAUCCUCGAUACCUUCUGUCGGACGAAUCUCUCUUGACUUUAUAUUCUCUAUUCUCUAUAUAUCAGGUAUAAUCUAUUGUAUUCGUUGUUGACAUCGAAUACCUAUAUUACACGGCAAUCUACCGGCCCCAUCCUUCGUUUCGACAUUGCGCAGCGCAAUAUCAUUUUUCUCCCAGUUACUAUGUCCGUGUACCACGCUCGCUAGUUAGCAUCUGUUAGAAGUCCGUUUACUUCUUUAACGCCACGGGGAUUUGGUGAAUUGUCUCUUCUCAAUCAAGGCCACGAGGCCCCAUGCCCCGUUGCCCCUCCAUCAUGGCCUCGUUUAGAGACCAUUUGCAUCGGUCACGGCUUUCAACACUGUUCAAGUUUUUGAUUGUUGCUUGCGCUGUUCUUCAUUUUUGCUCGGUCUAUAAUUGGUUGCCGUUUAAUAACCAUGUCGCACGAGACAUGUUGUUACCGACGAAUCCUCAUUUCAUGACUCCGAGUAGGAACUGGACUGCCGAGGAUCGAAGUAUUGUAGUAGCCAAAACACGGGGGGAAAACAUCGACUGGCUACUGCCGUUUUGCGAGGAAUAGUACGUUGGUUCCAUACCGCAAUGAUUUCUGCGAACCGACUGACUUUUUCUUUUUGGCAGUAUGUGCAAACCAUUCGCCUAUACAAUGGAUCCCGAACCAGAGGAAGGUCUUCUCAUCCCCCAUACCACCAUGGGCCACGAAGCCGCCGCCUAUUUGACAUAUAUUGUCACCAACUACGAUCAACUCGCCCCAUACACCAUCUUCGUCCACGCCAAUGAUGAGCAAUGGCACAACGAACUCUUCGGUCCCAAGACUACGACCGCCCUGCGGUUUCUACGAUAUGAAUCGGUGGAUGCAAACGGGUUUGUAAACCUCCGUUGCACGGGGAUACCGGGCUGCCCCAACACAUUAGUCCCGGUUCAUCGCGAGCCGGUCGAUGAUGAAUACGCCUACGUGUCAGACAAAUUUUUCGAGUUAUACUCAUAUCUUUUACAAGUCCCAAUGGACCAGGUCCCACAGGUCGUGGGACAUUUGUGCUGCGGACAGUUCGUGGUGACGAGAAACCAGAUUCGCGCCAGAUCACGCGAAGACUACGAGCGUAUAUUAACGUGGGCAGCCACCACGGAUUUCACCGAUAGUUAUGGAAUCGGUUGGACCAUAGAGAAGAUUUGGCAUGUAUUAUUUGGAAGGGAGCCGGUUGACUGCCCUCGUCUCGAACAAUGCCGAUGCGAUAACUACGGAUGGUGUGGCCCAUUACCUGACGGCGAGAUAUUGAUACCCAUCAUGCCUUGAAAAAAAUUUUUUUUUUCUCGUUCUCAUGUCAUGACCAUUCUUGAUUUCCCAUUUCGGCGUCUGUCUGGCUUUGUAUAUAUGUAUGACACUUUUGUACAACAUGGGUUAAGCAGGGUUUCCUUUUUUUUUUCUUCCGGGGUCAUACUUGAAGUAUCCGACCUGAUUUUCAUUUUUUCCUUUUGGGAUUACUUAUUAUAUACCCAGGAGUACCUCGAGGGAAAAGAGGUACAAAAAAGAAUAUAGAAGAUUUGAUGAUGGCUAUACGGAUCGACUUGCAUAUACACCGGAUUUGCGAUGGUACGCAUUAAUAUAGGUGUUCUAAUGCUCGCGAGACCCUUUCAUUUGAAAAACUACACCGUUUCAUCGAUUUCCUCGCAUUUACCAUUUUCCAUUUUUAGCAUUGAUUUGCUCUCGAAUCACAGCGAUCUUCCAAUUUUGCAAGAAAUUUUGCCAUUUCACUCUUCUGACGGGCGUUCUUGUUUGCUCUCUUUGAUCCUUGUAUUUCAGGUAAUACAGGACCCUAUUUCUUCAGCUGGAUAUAUAUGCAUACCUCUUGCUUAUUUCUAUCAUGUCCCAUAUUUGGGAAUCGAUAUGUACAGAGCUACAAUUCUAUAAAUUACACAG